AUGUCUGUCAACAGCUUGAGACCUUCCGAGUUUCCAUUCAAGAAUUUCUCAUCUUGGCCUCAGCUUUCCUAUGCCUUAGAAAACUUAGCCAUCUCCAUUGCUACGAUCAUCACUGCCUUUGCCGACUGUAUCUUGACUCUUUAUCUCUGGAUUCCUCUCGGAUUGACUCGCAGCUUGAUCCAGAACAUCAUCAACCCCAUGCUUCGGUUUCUCACCUCCCAACCCCAACCUGGCUAUGAGGCCGAGAUAAUAGCGGCGAGGGUCAUCGUUAUAUCCGGUGCUAGCUCGGGCAUCGGUGCCAGUCUGGUCAAGACAUAUGCUGGUCCCAAUAAUGUCCUCGUCCUCUUGGCGAGAAACCCGGCUAGAUUAAACCAGGUCGCCAAGAUGGCCCGAGCGGCCGGAUGCAAGGCCGUCGAGACUCACUCGAUCGAUUACUCUCACGACGGUGCCGAAACCGCGAUCAAGCAAGUCAUCCAGGGCGCUCACCAAAAGUAUGGCUCCAUCGACCUCGCCAUCAGCAACGCCGGUACGGCCACCUUCACCGAUGACAACCCACAUGGACCAGAACCUUGGGGAGAAAAAGCUGCCCAGAGAAUCACCAAGAUCAACGUGACCUCAACCUACGCGUUCAUCAUGACCGCUUGGGAGCUGAUGAAGAAGCAACGCUCGGGAGAUAUCUGUAUCAUCUCAUCGGCAGCAGCUUUCGCGGGACCACCGGAAUUCGCAGCGUAUGCGGCAACGAAGGCGAAUCUGAUGACGUUUUCGCAAUCUCUUCGAGCGCUCUCUACACCCUACGGGAUCCGAGUGAGCUGCAUCUGUCCCGGGUUCAUCGAGUCGGGUAUGAGCGGAGACUUGUUGGCCGCGGGCUCGUCGGUCCCUGGAUUUAUGCUUGCGAACACGGGCGAUAUGGCCCAGCGAAUCAAGGAGGCCGUCGACGGCGAACAGGCCUGUGCGAUCUGGCCGAUCAGUCACGCCUUACCGCUCAUCAUGGCCAGUCGAUUGAAUUGGCUCAACGGAGAUUUGUCCCGUUGGCUCAUGAGCAAGAUGGGCGUGGCCGGCCAAAUGGUCACCUAAAGCGACAAAAGAAGAAUGAAAUUCCGAGGGAGGAUUACAAGUAGUCUAUCUUCAACCAGAUACAAUCGAAUCUUCCUCCAUAUUUUUCUACGUUUAAAAACAGAUGA